CAAAUGCGUUUGUGAGUUUACCUGGCUGAAGUUAAACAGAUUCAUUUGACGACUAUCAAAGAAAUAAUCGACAACGAAAUAAUUAUGGUAUUGUUCAACACUAUAUUUGUAAUAUAUUUCUACAGUUGCAUAGGAGUGUCGCGAACAAUCAUCUUAAGAACAAUAGUUGGGGGAACAAUAUAUUAUUCUACAUCAAAAUAUCUAGAUUUUCAAAGCGCUGUAGAUUUAUGUAAAACAUAUUACGGCGGAAAUCUACCCAUUAUUCGGACAUUAGAAGACUACGAACGUCUUACCGCCUUACAAGAACGCAAUUUUUGGCUAGCUUUGAAUGAUCGAGAACAAGAGGGAGUAUAUGUAUGGACCACGUCAAAUGGUAGCUAUCCAUUAAAUACCGAAACUUUUGAUGGGUGGAUGAGCAAUGAACCUAAUAAUCUUUAUAACGAAGACUGUGUGAUUGCAAAAGCCAGGAAACUCAAGUGGAAUGAUGUACCAUGUACACUAAGAAAAUACAUUGUGUGUGAGAAAGAUUUCGAAAUUUCGUCUAUCAUUAGUGACAAUGUGUACUAUUACUUAUCCGGAAACAUGACAUUUUCUGAGGCAUACAUAGCGUGUAAGAAUAUAGACGCCGAUUUGCCGGUCAUCACAAACAAAGAAAAGAACGAUGCAUUUCAUUUUACUGAUUUUUCAUUUUGGUUGGCUUUGAACGAUAACGACACAGAUAGCAAUUACGUUUGGUCCACACGUAUUGGGGACUAUCCAGUAAAUGAACAUGAUUUUACGGCUUGGAACUUCCACAGUAUAGGUUUUGGGCCAACUACAGAUAACUGUGUGAUUUAUGUUUACGGUGUUUGGAGUUACGUAAACUGUGACGAUGAAAGACGUGUGGUGUGCGAAAAGGAAUCUUGCGUUGAUCCUCUUGGGGUUGAAGAUGGAACAAUUCCUUCAGAACAACUGACUGCAUCCUCCGAAUAUAACUUGUUCUUUCGACCUGAUCACGGGCGACUCAACACUGCCUCAACAGGCGAUUAUGGGGGAGCAUGGUCGGCAGCAGUCCUCGACCAAAAUCAAUGGAUUCAAGCCGACCUGGGAUUUUUGUUAAUGGUAACAGGAACGAUUACACAAGGUAGAGAUGCUGGGAUGGGUCAAUGGGUGACGUCAUAUAAAGUUCAUUACAGUCUUGAUGGUGACCAAUUCGGAACAAUCGAGAACGCAAGCGGUCAAGUUGCAGUGUUUACUGGAAACUCGGAUGGAAAUACUGCCGUAACAAAUAUGUUCCAUAUUCCUGUGUACGCUCAAUACAUCCGAAUUCAUCCAAUGAGUUGGAUACAUCAUAUAUGUAUGAGAUUUGAGGUUAUUGGAUGUUCAGGUAUUUAA